UCAAGUACUGCGCCUCUGUUGGUUGCCGGGGAAGGAGAUCAGGGAGUCGUAGUGUUGUAGUGAGAGGAUCUAACGUCCUUACGUAGUAUGUAGUAUAGGAGGAAAAUACCCUCCAGUAGUAAGUAGAAGUAGUAGUGGUGGUAGAGGAGGUGUGUGGCAGCUCCUUUGUUCCCCCAUAGUGCGUGGGAGGUGAGCCACGUGAGUUGAGGCCUAGUAAGGGUGGCGGGGCAGUCUUCCCCCACUCCUGUGUCGAGUUAGUUCUGACCUGAGAAUGAUGGAGGCAACUAUCAGUAUGAAAGUUCUGAGAUUGAACGGCUCCACUUUGUAAAAUUUGAGACCAAAUAUAUUGAACACUGGCUGGACUUCAUUCGCAACCACCUAAUGUGCAGUAAAGAAUCCAUGCUUGGAAAAACCAUUAAAGCUACAGGUGGAGGUGCUUACAAGUUUGCUGAAUUGCUUCAACAAAAGCUUGGACUCAUGUGCCUCCAGAAAAUUCGGGCAGAACAAGCAAAGGGGUGGAUCAUGGUUCCUUUUUGGACAUCACAGCCUUGGAUGGGCAUGCUUCUUGGCAUGCUAAUCGAUCACCCCAGGCUGAUAAGAAAAUCAAAGGACAUCCUGAUACACCCCUCCUCAGCAGAGAGUCAUCCUCUUAUGGGUCACACUCAGUUGAUGGCUUGUCUUCUGUCCGGGAAUCCCUUCGAGCACGAGGCAUUCAUUAAGAGGGUGCGAGGAUCAUCAUGGCAUCUUGGAAGCCAGGCACAGAGAAGCAGUACCGGACACAUCUCAAGAGGUGGUCACAGUUUUGUGGUGCAGGGGAUAUCAAUUCCCUUAAUCCCACUGUGCCAGACAUUAUCAACUUCUUGAUGCUUUACUUUACCAAGGGUUUGGGUUACAAUUCCAUUAACACAGCGAGAGGGGCCUUGUCCUCGUUGGGCAUUUUGAUGGAUGGAUUUCCAGUGGAUCGCCACCCACUUAUCAUUAGAUUUUUUAAGGGGAUUUUCAAUCUUUGGCCACCAGCACCAUGGUAUAACAAGACGUGGGAUGUCUCGCUGGUGCUUAAAAAAUUAAGGUCCUGGUAUCCCCUACACUCACUCUCACUAAAGGAACUUACCUUUAAGCUAGUUAUGCUGAUGGCACUGACUCAGGCUGCUAGGAUUCAGACCCUUCACUUACUUAUGUUCUGUGGCAUUGACACGGCAGAAUCUUCCAUUACAGUCCAGUUGGGGUAUAACAUUAAGCAAUGUAGGCCUAAUUUCAACAUUCAACGUAUUACUUUCACACCUUACAUGAAGGAUGCUAGCCUUUGUGUGUGCGAGAUCCUGCGGGCUUACAUUCAUAGAACAGCAAAAUUCAGACACAAUCUCUCACAGGGGGACAAUAAGUUAAUCCUAAGUUUUGUGAAACCACAUAAAUCUGUCUCUAAGGACACCAUCGCUAGGUGGAUUAAGAUGAUGUUGGGCAUGGCUGGUAUUGAUACCAAUAUUUUCACUGCAGGCAGUGUCCAACUGGCAGCGGCUUCAAAAGUAAAGGCUUUGGCAGUACCUGUCAACGUGAUCAUGGAGAGGGCUGGUUGGACUCAGGAGGCCACUUUUGCUAGAUUCUAUGAUAAACAAAUUGUUCCAGGUUCAGACCCUUUUCAGGAUGCUAUUUUGCACUUUGACCAGUAAGGUUUUCUGUGGAUUUUUUGGGGGGACUUAGGUGUGUACUUAUGUAUUCAAGAUGUAUUUAUAUUUUCUUUUAUUGUCAUGGCUUGAUCUCUUUGUUGGGGGGUGACACCUCAACCCUUGGAAGGUUAUGGUGGCACAUGGGUAUUUCGCAGAGGCUAUUUGGUUUGUCAAUUCCUAUGUCAUUUCCAGGUUGUUUACGCACAUUAAACUUUUGGCUACAGGCAAUCAGGAAAUAGUUUGCUUUUCCAAGAUUGAAAUCAUGACCAAACUUCAGGUGUGACACCCACAUGGCUUUAAAACCUCAUGUGAGUGCUCCCCACAGCAGAGGUGAUUUUAUGAUGUAAAAUUUAUAAGUAUGCGAGACUUACUGUAGGUCAGUUGAAGUAUGCAGGUAAUUUUACGAAUAUCAUCUCUGCUGCUUUGGGGAGCAUUCACAUGCCCUCCUCUCCCCCCCUUUUUUCCAUUUUUGUAUUGUGUUACACAUUUGUGGUUAU